CAGCAGGUGGAGCUGGCCAGGAUGACGCCCAUGUCCCAGUGGAGGGCGGGGACGGUGCAGGCCUGGCUGGAGGUCGUCAUGGCGAUGCCCAUGUACAUCCGCUCCUGCUCAGAAAACGUCAAGAGCGGCAAGGUUUUACUGGGACUCACUGAUGAAGACCUGGAGCUGGGUUUGGGUGUCAGCAGUUUAAUGCAUCGCCGCAAACUCCGUCUGGCCAUCGAAGAUUACAGAGAUGCUGAGAACGGUAGAGGGCUCUCCAAGGCUGCAGAUAUGGACCAUCACUGGGUGGCCAAAGCCUGGCUGAGCGACGUAGGCUUGCCUCAGUACUCUCAGGCCUUUCACACUCACCUGGUAGACGGACGUAUGUUGAACUCUCUGACACGUCGGGACUUGGAGCGUCACCUGAACAUCACCAAGAAGUUCCAUCAGGUCAGCUUGCUGCUGGGGAUCGAACUGCUGCAUUUGCUCAGUUUCGACAAAGAGGCCCUGCAGGCUCGCCGGAUACAGUGUGAGCACCAGAAUGUGGAUCCGCUGGUGUGGACGUCUCAUCGGGUCAUGAAAUGGAUCCGAGAUAUCGACCUCAAGGAAUUUGCUGAGGGUCUCUUGAACAGUGGAGUCCACGGAGCUGUCAUGGUGCUAGAUCCCACUUUCAACACGGACGCCAUGGCAACAGCGCUGGGAAUCCCCGGCAACAAGCACAUGGUUCGCCGACACCUUGUUGAGGAGAUGAAAACGCUGAUAGGCCCGGCCAGAGCCGACGCCAAACAGGACUACGAGCAUUUAGGCCUGGGAACGCCACCAACCCUGCUUCGCCAGAACUCCCUGGGCAGACCGCCCAGCUCCACCAGCCGACACACUGAUGAAGAGGGCUCGCUGAGGAGGAGGGCUGUCAAACCUCCAUCAGGGUUCAGCCCUAAAGCUCGCAGCGGACGGGACUUGAGUUGCCACGGCAGCUACGGCUCCCUGCCUCGGGAGGUUCGAGACCACACUCCACCCAGAGGCGAGGGAAGCCCGAUCCGAGGCUACACCAGCAUCGAGGUCACCAACGUGUGAUGUCAUCAGACCGAGACAAACGCCGGUCAUUGGCACCAUCGCAGCUAAAGACUCCAACAUGGACAUCUGUGAGCCUCACAUGGGACGGUUAUUUUUCUUCUAAAGAUGAGCCUUUACAGGACAGAUUGCACUUUGUAAAAGAGACGGGAUUCUUUUUACAAGUUUCCUGGUUUUAGAACACUGUGGACAUGAAUGAGGUGUUUAGGGGGCAGUAACUCUCUCCCCCAACACCAGAAUAACAAAUGAAGGACUCCAGUGAAGUAUUUUUCUAUUCUUUGUGUGUAAACCAGGAUGUGACUUGUCCAUUUGAUUCUGUUGACUAGUUGCUGUGAACAGACAGUCUCUUUCUCUGAAGGAAAUGAGAUUUUAAAAUGACUGUUUGUAUUAUACAGGGUACUUGAUGACAAAUUGAAAAAAAAACACUUUGGUAUCAGUGUAAAUUGCUUUUGUUUCGUUCGAUCCUGCUGUUUGUGAUGCCUUGUCAGUGUGGCUGAGGACUAAAAAAACAAAACAAAGCAAAAAAGACUUGAACUGAAUUUUAAAUCCUAGAAUAUAUGUUUGAUAGUCAUUUUUCAUCUCGCACAUUUACACUGUUGUGUCUAAACAAAUGUAGCACCUCUUCUGAUGUUUUAUACUGUGCAGUAAAGGAAAAAAAAUAUUUGAAAAAUGCCAACAAAAGAUGACUGCAGAGCUGUAUGACUGUGGGGGGGAAGAAGGCAAUGUUGUGGAAAUGAAAGAGUAUUCAUUAUGAUGAAAUAAAGAUGACAUUUCAAAUACAA